AUGAGGGGACACCCUACCCUUUUCGCCAUCUGGGCUCUGCUCUUGUCUCCUAGUUUAAGUAUUAACAUUAUUACUACGAAUGAUGGGACUGUGCUGGCAAACGCUGCGAUCUCUGGCCCAGGCAUCACGGUUGUCUCAGGGUCGUUUACUGGAAAUUCGGCGGCCGCUGGGACAUUCACUAAUGGCCCUUUUGGAAUCGGAAGUGGCAUAAUUCUCACGUCCGGUUCCGCAGCUGGCGCUUUACCAGGAGGCGAUACCCAAAUCGCAAAUGGUGCAUCAGGCUCCGGUGAUUACUGUGGUGCCAAUACUUAUGAUGGGGCCAUUCUUAUUGUUAACCUUGAUAUCGACACUGGUUACAAUGGAGUUCUCGUCCAGCUUAUCAUAGCUUCUGCAGAGGAUGGCGAAUCAGCAGAUCCUGUCGGGGUCUUCCUAGACGGUACGCAAUAUGCAAAUGAUGCCAACGGACAACGACUCACUGCCAUCUCAAGUUACGUGCGGCCGCCCGUCGGUAUCACACCACCGAACAGUGACACUUCAUAUGAUGAUUCGUCGCCGCCUCUACUCUUUGGGAUCACUGCUAGCCAGGGGUCGCAUGAACUGGUGCUUGCUAUAUGUGACUUUGCGGAUAGAUCCUUCGACUCGGGUCUUAUGAUCAACGUCCAAGGCUGCACUGACUGUAACCAGCCUAUCAAGAUCAACUAUGUCACCACAACAACAACAGUUAGCGCAAAUGUAGCUACGAGUACCACAUCAACCAUCCAGGCCUCCGGAACGGUUUCAGGAACCUUUAUUGUUACUGUUCAAGCAGAAGAAACCACAACCACUAUAGCAGAAGAGACCACAACCACUACAGCAGAAGAAACCACAACUACCACGGCGGAAGAAACCACCACCACCACCGCAGAAGAUAUCACAACCACCACCGCAGAGUUGACGACGACGACAACCGAGGCUGAUACCACAACAACUGCUGAAGUGGAAUCGACAACGGCAACCGAGGCUACAACAGCUACUGAAUCGGAAGCCACGACCACAACUGAGGCUGAUACUACUACAACAACUGCUGAAGUAGAAGCGACAACGACCACAGAUGCUAAAACUACCACGACCGAUCAGGGGCAACCGUCGACGACUACCGAGACUAGUACUGUAACAACUACUGAACUUGACGCAACAACGACGACUCAGUCCGACACUGAAACUACAACUAUGGAUGUGUCUACGACGAUGACUUCAGCAACAGAUACAAAAGAGACGAAGUCCAAAACGACUGCCGCUACGACAAAUCCGACAGUUUCCAGCAUAAACACCACUGAGCAGCCUGCAUCUAUCCCUACCACCACCGCCACGGAGACAAUUCCCCGUACUGAAGAGUCAACCAGCACGUCCCUCGAUGUCUCCAGCCUGACACCGACCUCCAUUGAGACUCGAUCUCCUGUUGUUGACAGUACCACUUCAUCUGUAACAAUGCAAAGUGUCGUGACCACCACUACUGCAACUACCCCCGAUGAGACAGAGUCCCGAACCAAGUCUAGCUCUAGUGAAGAAGUCAGCGAAGCCACGACCUCUAUAGGCCCACUAACCUCGACUAUCACAAGUAUGGAAGUGUCACGAGUUCCCAUCUCACCUUCUUCUACUAUUGAACAGACUGCAUCACAGUCGUCGCUCGUAGCAAGGAAUCUCGAGACCAUUGGCCGUGAGGUGGCAACAGAUCCAGACAUGACCACCGAGAGAUGUGUCAGUUUGGCUGCCGGCAGCAAUUACAUUGGUAUAUAUGAUCGAUCCUGCUAUGCGGCAGAUUCUCUCUCUGGAGCCGACUUGGUCCCGAAUGCAAGAUGCGACCUCUUGUGCCCUGGAAAUCCUACGCUGUUCUGUGGAGGUGAUGUUGGCGAGAGUCAACGUCGCCGCGCUAUAUCUUCCAGUCGCCUCUUGACGCUGUAUGCAAAGCAGGCGGACGUAUCCGUCUCUUCGGGGCUCUCUUCGGCGACAGACGAAAUUACCUCUUCGGGGCCUGGCAUUACAUCUCUUUCACUUAACCCUACCGUUGCUACUGAAACAGGCAUUACACUGUCGUCGAAGCCGGCUAUCAUCAUCCCCACAUCAACUGAAGAUCGCCUGCCCUUGACAUACCCCACCAUUGGAACGGUGCAUUUGACCAAGGGAUACAAUUACACGCGUACUGCAGCAGCAAACACAGUGACCACGGUCACAUAUAUUACCAUGCAUCCAAACAACCCAGGAUAUCUGAUUACUACGCAGGUCCCUGUCACGCUCGGAUAUACCCCUUGCAAUUGUGAUCAUCAGGUAUACCCACCAGUUGACAUGACCACUAUUGUUACCGCGUGCCAUGGCUGUGGCGCCAAUGGGGAGAACAGUGUCACUCUGACAGUUCCUACUGCUGCUUGUGAGGCUGGUGGUGUGAAGCCUGGAUAUUCACAUGAAGUCUCCUACUCGGUGCACAAGACUAUGGAGCACGAGAUAUACUCCGAGAUCAACAGCUUCGCCGGACCGAAGCCAACCCAGGGACAACAUUCAGAGCCCUUGCCAGUUCAUGAAUCACCCAAGCCCGUUGGCCAGGACUCACCCAAGCCGAAUGGUCAAGGCAAGCCCCAGCCAUCAAGUGCCAAUGCUCCCCGACCAGUGAACACUGUGCCUGAUGCCAGCCCUGUGAUUGAGCCCCCUCGGCCAUUACCCACCAGUGCUUAUCAGGUCCCCGCCUCAAAGGCUUGGACGACGGAGCAGCAUGCUCCUAGUCAGAUACACAAGCCAGAGGCUACCCAGGUCUCCUAUCCUGCAGCACCUUGGGAUGGGCAAAGUACAUCUACACCCGUGGUUGUGGCUUCAGCGACUAGGCAUUACCUGACGCCGUGGACAGUUGCUGGUCUUGUUUUCAGUGUAGCAUUCCUUUUAGCAUAA